AUGUCGAAGCUCUCUUCAUGUGCUAUACCUGUUUCCAUGCGGUCCUCAUGGAACGGGUUUCGAUUAGCGCCGUUUGCGUUUGCCAUGGCUUCAUCGUCUGCUUUCCAAACGAGGAGUUCCUCGACUUCUCGUAUUUCAUCGACAUUUAAAAACUCUCCUCGGCGACUAGGACAAAUUUUAUCCGCAAGAACUCAUGCCCAGCAGUUUUACCGGUUCUACAGUAACGGUAACCUUCCUGAGCAUAAGAAGGUCCCUUUACCAGCUCUUUCGCCGACCAUGGAACAUGGAACUAUUGUCUCGUGGCAAAAGAAAGAAGGAGAUCAGCUUGCGGAAGGCGAUCUUCUUUGCGAAAUUGAAACCGAUAAGGCUACGAUGGGCUUUGAAACGCCGGAGGAGGGAUACUUGGCCAAAAUUUUGAUUCCAGAAGGUGCCAAAGACAUUCCUAUUGGAAAAAUUUUGUGCAUAAUAGUUGACGACAAGGAAGACGUAGGAGCAUUUGCGGAAUACAAAGCAGAAGAAGGGGAUGAUGCAAGUAAAGAAAGCCCGGCUCCUAAGGCAGAGCCUAAACCAGCUUCUGCUGCUGCCCCUGCAGUGUCAGCUCCUACUGCAGCUGCUGCGAAUCAGCCACAAGCUGUUUCAAAACCUGCAGAAGGUGGGCGUGUUGUUGCUACACCAUACGCUAAAAAACUGGCUGCGGAAAGGGGCAUUGAUCUCAGUUCUAUAGCAGGUUCCGGACCUGGAGGUCGUAUUCUUGCUGCUGAUGUUUCAACUGCUUCUGAAUCGAAACCUCAGCCAGUAGCAGCUGCUGGAGCUGCCGGAGGCGCUACGGCUGGAGGAGAGAUGGCAUUUGUCGAUAUACCGUUGACCAGUAUGCGUAGUACUAUCGCGAAACGCCUGUUGGAAAGUAAGACAACUAUCCCUCACUAUUAUCUGACUUCAGAGGUCAUUAUUGAUGAUCUACUCAAGGUUCGUUCAAAAUUGAACGAUUUGCUCGCGAAGCUGGUGAAGUCCAGUGGCGAAGAACCACAGAAACUUACAUUAAAUGAUUUUAUAAUCAAGGCUUCUGCGUUGGCUUGCCUUCGUGUACCUGAAGCAAAUAGUUUCUUUAUGGACAGUUUUAUUAGACAGAAUUUAAAUGUUGAUGUGUCUGUGGCAGUUAGUACAGACGCCGGUUUGCUAACUCCAAUCAUUUUUAACGCACAUAGCAAGGGUUUGGCUACUAUCAGCAGGGAAGUAAAAGAGCUAGCUGCGAAAGCUCGGAGUGGAAAGCUUCAACCAAACGAGUUCCAGGGUGGAACAUUUACUGUCUCGAACUUGGGUAUGUUUGGCAGCGUGAGUAAUUUUUCUGCUAUUAUAAAUCCACCUCAGUCGUGUAUCUUGGCCAUUGGGGGAUCCGAGAAAAAGCUCGUUCCUGAUGAAGUCGGGUUGGUUGCUAGAAAACUAAAAAUUUUUAAAACGGUAACGACCAUGCAUGUUACUCUGUCGUGUGAUCACCGUGUUGUCGAUGGCGCGGUUGGGGCACAGUGGUUGAAACAUUUUAAAGAUUUUAUCGAGAAGCCACAUACUAUGCUUUUAUAA